UAUCUCUAAAAGAGACCCUCAUAGAAGUGAAGAUGGUUAUCGAAUUUCUAGAAAUAUUAGGCACACAUUCUAGUGAUAAUCUCAAAACCAUUUGUCUGAAUCUUUGCCAUGUCGACGGCAUGAAGUUAUUUCCAGGACCGAUUCAUGCAUUCGACACCGUCUUAACAAAGUUUAAAAACUUAAACAGACUUGAAAUUGGAUACAUCAACCAACAGUUGAUAGAAAACCUAGCUGAAAGUCUUUCGGCAAAUUUUAAACAAUUUUGCAUUACUGUCCACGACGGAAUAGAAGCAAGAAUUAGCGACUGGGCAUGGAUGGCUUUGAAAACAUCAUGUCCUGAUCUUGGGGUGACACUUAAUGUGACUGACAACUUGUUACAUGUCCUAUUGUCCCCAAAAAUACCAUUGGUCAACAUUGCAGUGCAGCACAUCGGGUCUUUCUCGCAUCAAUUUGGAAUUAAAAACAUAGCCAAGCUGUUCAAGCACUCACUGGAAGAACUGCAUAUACGAGUAUAUGAUGUUGAGCCAGAUCAAUAUGACAAGUUUUUUACCCAUUUAGCGUCUUUUCAACGCCUAACGACGUUUUCAAUGUCAAUGCAUAUUAAAACAGAACAAAACAUUAAGUUUUUGAGGGCAUUUGGAGACAUGUUGAAAAGACCAAACACGUUGAGGGAUGUCACCUUUAAGUAUCACGACAGUCGAACCAUCGGUUCUAAAGUGCGCACCGAAAUAGAUAAACUUAAAGAAGAAUUUGGCUUACUUUUAAAGUUUGAAAUUUUAGAUUAAAAUGAUUAGUUUUUUAGUUAAGAACUAAUAUAGUUUUAAAUUAUUUGCUUCAAGAAAUAGAGAGUCUUAAGGAAGACUUGAAAGAAUUUGUGGAUCAUGUCUUGAUACUAAAAUUUAUUCUUCCAAUGAGAGAUGAAGAGAUGCAUCAGUAUUUCAAUGUGUAUUCGAAUACAAAGUCACAUGGAUGAAUUCACAAGUUUGAAUAUUUCUGAUGUUUGAUCUAAUAGUGUUUCACUCCUAAGUUCUUGAGAUGUGCAAUCUAAUUAUGGUAAUUGUCACAGCCCUUUUGUAUGACUGGGUUCAUGGCACAAACUAAAGGCAA